CAUGCCCCAGCUCAGCAGCGGCGGAGGGGAUGACCUGGGGGCCAAUGACGAGAUGAUCGCCUUUAAGGACGAAGGGGAGCAAGAGGAGAAGAUCCAGGAAAACGCCUUCACCGAGCGCGAUCUGGCCGACCUCAAAUCCUCGCUGGUGAACGAGUCGGAGAGCAACAGUAGCCCCGCUGCCGCGGCGGCCGAUCCGGAGGCGAUCAGGCGUGUGCAAGAUCCACAAAGGGUUUAUCAGGAGAAACUCCCGGAUCACAUGGAAGAUGGUAUAAAGCAUCAGGACACGGGGAUGUACAAAGGAUCUGCUUAUUCUGGCUACCCUUUUCUAAUGCUCUCAGACCCUUAUCUGCCAAAUGGAUCUAUGUCACCUUUGUCCAACAAGGUUCCUGUAGUGCAGCCGUCCCACGGAGUCCAUCCACUCACCCCACUCAUUCCAUACAGCAACGAACAUUUCAGCCAUGGCUCCCACUCACCACACCUGCCAGCCGACAUCAACCAGAAACAAGGUGUGCACCGUCCUUCCCAAACAUCGGAUAUCCCUGGUUUCUACUCCCUCCCUCCCGGCGGGGUUGGACAGAUAACACCUUCUAUGGGAUGGCAGAGCCAGUCUGUCUAUCCGCUCCCGUCAUGUGGAUUUAGACAGCCGUAUUCGUCAGCGCUCUCUGCUGGGGCUACUUUCUCCAGGUUUACACAUCCCCUGAUGCUGAGCUCUGGAAUGCAUACCACUGGAAUCCCUCAUCCAGCCAUAGUACCCCAUUCCGGGAAGCAAGAAAUGGAUCAUUACGACCGGACCAUGAAACCCCAGCCAGAACCAAAGAGAGAGAAGGAAGCCAAGAAGCCCACUAUCAAGAAGCCCCUGAAUGCUUUCAUGUUGUAUAUGAAAGAAAUGCGGGCAAAAGUCAUUGCUGAGUGCACUCUGAAAGAAAGUGCAGCUAUCAAUCAGAUUUUAGGAAGGAGGUGGCACGCACUGUCACGGGAGGAGCAGGCCAAGUACUAUGAACUGGCUCGGAAGGAACGGCAGCUUCACAUGCAGCUCUACCCAGGCUGGUCUGCUAGAGAUAACUAUUCUUCAGGCUCUUCAGCCCGUGAACACACUCAGUUAUACUCAGGGCCCCUGGAAUUCUGCGGCACUUCAGGGCCAGUUUCUGCGGCAAGGGGAAAAAAGAAAAGACGAGCAAGAGAAAAGCAGCAAGACUCCAAUUCAGAUCCCGCCUCUCCUAAGAAAUGCAGAGCUCGCUUUGGCCUCAACCAACAAACGGACUGGUGCGGCCCAUGCAGGAGGAAAAAGAAGUGCAUUCGGUACUUACAAGGAGAAGGACCCUGUUCCAGCCCAGUUUCUUCCGAUGGAAGUGCUAUAGACUCCCCUCCCUCUCCUCUGGAUACACUCCAAUGCAUAUCCUCUGCUUUUACUUCAGACAAGCUUGCUACAUCUGCUGAUUUCGCACACAAAGAACAACGCAAUCCUUUCCCCACCUCUAUUCAUGUCAAAAGCGCUCCAUGCUCCUCUGGACUGACCACUCACUGCUCAUCCACGCCAGAUGUGUCAGUAGCAUCCAGCGACUCCUCAAAGUACAGUGUGCCAUCAACAGGAACAUAGGACCACAUUGUACAAGUCAACACUUACUAAUGCAUGGGGCACUUUGCUUUUACCAAGUGGUUUUGCUGCCCAUUGAAAUGGACUGGAGGCUCAUCCAAAUUACCCAUCAUGCUGUAAAACUGUGUUUUCAAAGUCAAGGGACAGCUGUGUCCUGAGCCCCCAACUGAUUCAAAGAUGCUGGAAUAGUCAACGUUUUUAUCUAGAGCAAAGAUAGAAAAAUGGUGUCUCCCUCCAUAAAAAGGGUGAAAUGAGGACUCGCCAAAAUUAAAAAUGCCAAUCAGUAAACAAAUCUUUCAUCCCCACCCUGAGCUUCCUUUUACUGCAUCAUCUGCUCAAGUAGCUGAAAGUGAAAGCUAACUCCCUGGCUUGUUACAUUAGAUGGUAGGUGCUAUAAAUCUUAAGCAUUGGUUUCUGUUUCUUGCAUCCCAAACAGCUUUGAAUCAUAGUCAGUCACAGAUCUCUGGCAGCUAUUUCACCAUGGAGUUAGGAAAGCCUGUCUCUGUCUGAGAGCUAAAUGUUGGGAAGCUAGAUUUCACUCUUGACGGGCUUAUAAGAAAAAAGUGAAAUAUAGGCAAAUUAGGUAAAUAUUAUUAAACUUCUUGUUCGAGGACAAGAAAUUAUUGGUUACAGGUAACAGGUCUUUGCAGACAUGUCAAGUUCUCUUAGCAUACAGAAUGGCAGACAAACAGUGAGCACUCAAAGCAGAAAAGGAAGCUUGGACUGGCUGCUUGAAGGUCUAUCUAGCCAAUGUUUCAUUGUUAUAGAGCUAAAAUACAAUAGUAACAUGUCAGUCAGGUGCAGAGUCCUCCUUGCUGCUCAAGUUCUUCACAGUAAACACUGGAGAAUCAGACCCCUUCAAUGGAGGACCUUGCAAGGCUCAAAGUAGACCCCAUCUGCCAUUAAGGCCUUGAUCCUACAAGUCCUGGCACAAUAGCUGCAGCAGGGUCCAUGAGAUUAUUAAGAAUCAGCCCAAGUGUAAAUAGAGGCUAUAUGUAAGGUCAAAGCAUGGCUGGCUGCACAGAGCUGAUGUAAGUCUCAAGCCCCUGUGCACUCAUUGCCUUACUCUUACAAACCCAGGGUAGGGUUAACAGGGGAUGUGGGCUUGAGCAUGAUGCUCAUCACAUUAAUGAGGUGCUUACCUCCACUCUUCCCUUUUCAGCCUUUCUCCCCUAGGAGGCAGGGAUUUUGAAGCAGAACACAGUCCCUGCUGCAGGGUUUUGCUCCCCAUCCCCUUUAACCUCAGGUGUCACUCUGCAGUGCAAGAUCAAGCUUUCGGUGUGGUUAUAAGUGAAAUGAGCUGGUAUACAGCUUCGACUAGCUAGUUACACUGUAGAUUUUACAAUGCAAAUGAUUUCCUCUCUGCUCCCUUUCCCAUUUAGUGGCUGUCAAACAUUAAUACAGUCUCUCGCUCAAGUGUCUAGGGAUUUCUGAUAUUUAUAUUUUGAGCCUGGUAAACAAAAAACCUUUAGGGGCCAGAUUUGGAUCUCAGCUCCACUGAUGUAAAUCCAGAGUUAUUCCACAAAAGUAACUGGCAUGACUCUAGAUUUACACCAUUGUAAUUAAGAUCAGAAUCCAGACCCUUGUGGGUUUUUUCCUGCUUUAUAAAAAACCUAUUCUAGAGCAGUGAUUCUCAAACUUUCGUACUGGUGGCCCCUUUCACAUCGCAAGCCUCGGAGUGUGAUUUCCCCUUAUAAAUUAAAAACUUUUUAAAUAUAUUUAACACCAUUAUAAAUACUGGAGGCAAAGUGGGGUUUUGGGUGGAGGCUGACAGCUCAUGACUCUUCCCCCCCCCCCCCCCCCAUAAUAACCUCAUAGGCCCCAGAGGGCUCCCAACCCCCAGUUUGAGAACCCCUGUUAUAGAGUGAAGAGAAAAGUACCAUAAAACAUGGGGGGGGAGGAGGGAAGAGAAGAGGAGAGACUUUUUUUUUUAAUUAUACAUGAUAGGAUUUAGAAUACUGAAUACAAACUUAAACUAGUAGUAUAUAGGCUUGCAAGAAAUUUAAAAGGACCUUUAAUAGACAAACUAUUUUUGUAUUUUUUUUCUUAAGGCAACAAAAACUUUUUUUACAUAUGUUUAUUCCAACUCAUUAAUAGGUUUCUAUAUCAGAGACUGAAGAUCAGAAAGCUGCUUAUAGUGUAGAGCUCUAUAGUGAUUGGUUCCCUCCACCCCAUUUAGUUCCUGUUGCUUCAAGCUGCUGUAGAUUUUUUGGGGGGGAGGAGAGGGGACCAUGCAAAUUCUUUACAAGAAAAUCUAAAGUGGUUGCUUUAUUAAUCUCCAUUCUCUGUACAACUGUAACCUCCAUUAGUACUAAUGGAAGUUACUCUAAAAGAGCCUAUUUAACCCUCAGACCACUGGCAUUGUCUAAACUGCCACACACAUAUAAAUAAAAGCAUAUGCUGACAGUCACCCCAGCGUUAAUGGUGUAGCACUGGUUCAAUAUUUGAAUUAGUAGCAUUUGAAUGAUUUCCAACCAAUGUGGAAGACAGCCUGGCCAAGUGGUUAAAGCUGAGGUAGGUGUCUAUUUGCAGCUUAACCACUGACUGACCUUACGCAAGUCUCUUCACCACUCUGUGCCUCAGUUUCCCCAUUUGUAAAAUGAGAAUGCUAAUAUUUUUUCAAGCACCUUGAGAUUCUCAGAUGUAAGGUGCUGUGGACGUGACAAGUAGUAGUAAUAAUAUUAAAACCACAAUAUAUGGUUCAGCUAUAGCAUGGGUUAGUGGUUGGAUAGGUUAGUCAAAAAAAAUUGGGUUGACAAGUGAAACUUGCACCUACAAUAGUUGUGCAAAACAAAUGUAACCUACUCCCUCAGCAGACACGAGAGGCGAGUACAAAUGGACAAACAGAGGUGGCUAGCUAACAGCCCAGGAUGCUAUUGGGGAAAGUCCUGCUGUAUGUAACGAGCACCCUUUGACCAAGGGCCAAACUCAAUGCUGGAGUAAACAGACAUCACUACCAUUGACUUCAGCAUUCAGUGGAAGUUGCACCCACUUAGUCUAAUGCUAAUUGGGACCCCAGAAGUGCAUGGCAGCAUCUGGCAUAGUACAGGGAUGCACUAACUUGGGAAGGGCUGCCUGAUAUCAGUCUACUCUUAGUUGAUUUCCAUUUCCCACUGUUGCAGGAUCUGCUUGGUGGCCCUCUGGCUAACACCCCCUAUUCCUCCUACAACUUUUCCUCUUCCCCCCCCAAAGUAGGCAAGUGAUGUUUGCCUAGUUCUGGAAGCAGGAUUAGAUCCCUUUGCAACUUACACCCAUGUUCUGACUGAUGUACACUAUCACUAAACGUGGCCCUUAACCUCUAGCCUUCUUCUGACUUUAAAGCAAGGCAAAUUAUAUUUUGCAUAGAUGUACACAUUCAGCUUUUGACCCUAUCCUCUGCUCUCAGACAGCAGAGUAGAGGGCUGUAACUCCAACUUACACUGGUGUGUGUAACAGAGCAGACUUUGUUUAUUAUUCGAAACAUGCAAGGAGACCUUGAAGCUGCCCAUUCCAAGGAAAAAUAUUGAGUAAAUGUUAUCACCUUUUACAACAUGCCACAGGAAGCCAAAACACAGAUCUUAAGUUUUUUAAAUACCAAAAAAAAUAAAAAAUAAAAAAAAAGUCUUUAGCUAUGCUAUAGGAAGUUUUACUUUUUUAAAAAAAGAAAACCUUGCCUGUAAAUUUUUACUGCAGCAAGAUUUAGUUCUCAUGACAAUUUCAAUUUUUUUUUAAAUUACCCAUUUGAUUUCCUGUUUGAAUGUAGAAGUCACAGAAAUACCACUUCAUUAAGUCAAGUAAAACCACUGUAUGUAUGUAGCACGGAUAAGUGUUUUGCAGCUGUACUUUCAUUUGUCCAAUAACUAUCCACCAUAUACUGUAAUUUUUUUUUUACUUCACUGAGUUUGUAUUUUUUGGCUUUUAUGUUCAAAAUAUGUUUAUAAAUAAAGAAGCGUGCCAGCCUGGCCCUUCAAAAAGGGCCACUGGAGGUUAUAAUCCUAUAAAAUCAUAUCAUAAGAGCUCAUUUCUUACUAUUUUAAAGAUUCCUGUGUUUCCUCCCCACCUGUAGGCAGCAGGGCUUUUUAGACUAUUGCGUGUAGCUAACUGAGUAUAUGAAUGACAAAGAAAUCUGCUGCUUCAGCUACUAGCAUUCUCCAUAUCACCAAUCCUCUUUUCCAUGCACAAGGGCCUAGUUCAGUCACCCUUUGGACUGGCUCAGCUAACAGCUGUAUCUGUUACUAAACAUGUCAAGGGGAAAAAGCCAAAGAGAAAAGAACAUGAGCACAGCUCAGAGGGGACAGAAGCAGCCUCAUUCUUUUUAAGCAUUUUGAAAAUGAAUGUAGUGCUGAUAAAAAAUGCCCAUUUAUUCACAUCACUGACAGAAGCCUGGGCUACCGCCUCCUGUAUUCUACUCAACACAUGCUAUGUCCCAAUAACCUAGAACUACCACCUUUAUAUGUGAGGGGAGCUCCUGCUCCACCUCCUUACACAGCUGACUGAUCUGAGCAGUCCAGUAUGUCACUGUAGUCCCAUAUCCUCCCCCCUGCAACAGUCAAAAACCUAGAUGCUUUCGAGAAAAGCAUAAGAAUUCUGCAAUAGGCAGCUAUAAAAUAUGCACUAUCCCUACCCGCUCCCCUGGAUCUCAUCCUGCUCUCUAGUAGACUGGCUUUAGCUCUUAAACAUGAGCCUUAGUCUUUCUUCCAAAGCUUUCCCCCUUCAUUAGUUAGGACAACCCUGGCUAUUCUUGAUAUCCAUAGAAACCGCCAAUCCCUUCUUGACUCUGGUUAAGUUCACCCUACCUUAUCUGCUGAAAGUAAGACAACUAAUAUUUCACAGGCUCCUACUGCCCUCGGCUGGUUUUGAACUGGCACCGCAGAAGCUGAAACCUGUAGUCCUGUAAUAACUCCUGAGCCAAUCAGUUCCCCAGAGACAUUUCUAAUGCACACUUAUAAAGGAAGAUGUGUAAAGGCUAAAGGAUGAGCUGUUGGAUUUAAAUCUGGUUAAAACUGGAAGAGUUGAGAGAUUAGCAACAGCUGAUUAGCUGAAAGUUUGGGGGGGGGGGUGCAGGGGAACCACUAAUCCAAAACUACCUUGACUUGUGCUGGGGGUGGGAUGGGCAGGGUUCUUUUCUCCAGCUCACCCAAACAGGAACACAGUAGGAUACAGAGCAGGUGCUUUUUGGGCAGUAGAUUAGGGCCCCAGCUAAAGCAUGAAGAGUUGCUCCCCUAAACAGAGGCAUAAUCAGCUAUUUUGAUGGAGCAGCCCCACCCCGACACUUCUAGUUUUCAGAAUUAGUGGAAGGAGAACCAGGGAGCAUACUUCCUACCUUAGUCCCUUUAACUAGGCCUGUUCUCCAAAGACCUCCACACAGCACUUAUCACAUUGCUUCUCCCUUCACACACAGCUCAGAGGCACAAAGACUAAGUUUUGCCUAUGCUCAUCUCCCCAGCAGGGUGGUCUUUAGCACACAGAUUUCUAUUGACAGUGCCUCAAAUCAAGGGCACCCAUAAACUCCCCUCUGUAGCUUUGCUACUUGAACUCACUUAAGGCAGCAAGUAGCAUUUUAAGAGGGCAUGUUCUGCUUUGAAGAAAAAAAAAUAAAAAAACCACACUACUUUCCCCAAACUUUGGUACAGGCACAGCCGGAAAUCAUUUUAGAGCAAGCUACUCCACAUCUACUUACAAGCUGGAGAUUUGUAGGUAACAGCCUCAAAACCAGUCUUGAAUGUUCCUGGAAUGGCAUGGGUAACACUAUUUCUUGGGGUAGAAAUGGUGCUGCGCUUCUCCUUGUCUCAGUAAGUGCUGAAGUUAUCACAGCCCUGCAGCACUAUGCUAUGAUUUUUUAUUUAUUCUUUAAAACACUAGACUAGUUAGAAUAUCAGCUCAUUGCUCCAAGUGGCAUUUUAGACUAGAGAGUGUUAUUCUGAAGUCACAAGAAUCCUGCAAAUGAAUGAACAUCUUGGAUUAUCAAACCAUCCAUUGAAGAUCAGCAAUUCUCACACCAGAGGAGAUACUGCUUCUCAGGUGCAUUACCUACAAUUAGGGCAAUUCAAUACAUAUUCUUUAGUCUGCCCCUCCCCACUUUUCAUCUAAGGAUCCAGGACCUUGCUUUAAUAUUAGUCUUCGAAACAGGAUUAACUUACUCCACUAACUAUAGCACUGGGUCUCAUUUUCUUUCCUAAAGAGUAUACUGUUUCCUACAGAAGAUUUUUGGUGUUAACAUGUCUAAGAUUAACUGCAUUGCUUGCAUAGAAGAGGCCCCAUGCGUCAUCAAGAGCAUUUAUUUUGGUAGCAUUAGGAUGCUCCAAUGAUGCUACCAUUAAACUGAACCAAGGACCCAUUAUCCAGCAACCCCUCGAGAUGCUUUGGCAGGCUGGAGGAAGCCAGUUAAGGGAUGGAUGGAGAGCAAGUUUGCUUGGGUGCUACAGCAGUGGCUCGCCAACUUUUCAUGCUGUUGACCAUCUCUUAAUAGCUAUCCCCAACUCUCCACUGUUUGUCACUCAGUUCCAUGGACUGUAGACGGAGAAACUGUUUAUAGUGCAAACUGCCAGUCAGUCACAGAGUCAGAUGUUAAAAUGUUCUCUACAUAGAUUGUUUACGCAGCAGCUACAUGGAAGUUUACCAGCAACUUCAAGUUUUAAUGUUUAGCAAGACGGGUGCUAUUCACGGAGCGUUCUAGAGGCUGUCAAGUUGCUCGUUAAAUAAACUAGAUUUUUCUAACACAAUGGUCAUUAACCCUUUAACACCACUUAGUGCAACACCAUGACCUUUAAAAUGAAGAGAAGUAUAUUUAUUAAGGUUAAUUCUAGUCUAAGGUUUAUACAGAAAAUGGAAUGCAAUAAGCUAAGAUCACACCUCAAAUGUUUAGUACACAUCCAUCUCCUUCUCCCUAUAAGGGAACCGUAAAAGU